AGGCGGGGGCGAGCAGGCACAGCUCUAUCUGACUGCAACGCGGGCACGCAGCUGCGCGCCACCGCCGUGCCGUGUCUCCGAGUUGGGCCCUUCGCCAUGGCCGGGUGCCGGGUGCCGGCGUGCUUCGUGGCGCUCCUCGUCGUCGCGGGGGCGCUCGCGGCGCCGGGCGCGGCGCGGGAGUACGCGGCCAUCUUCAACUUCGGGGACUCCCUGGUGGACGCCGGCAACCUCGUGGUGGACGGCAUCCCGGACUACCUCGCCACGGCGCGGCUGCCCUACGGCAUGACCUACUUCGGCUACCCCACCGGGCGGUGCUCCGACGGCCGCCUCGUCGUCGACUUCAUCGCCCAGGAGCUUGGUCUGCCGCUGCUUCCGCCGUCCAAGGCGAAGAACGCGACGUUCCACCGCGGCGCCAACUUCGCCAUCACGGGCGCGACGUCGCUGGACACGCCCUUCUUCGUGGCGCGCGGGCUCGGGAAGACGGUCUGGAACUCGGGGUCCCUGCACACCCAGAUCAAGUGGUUCCAGGACCUCAAGCCCAAGAUCUGCGGCGGCGGCUCCCCGGAGGAGUGCCGGUCGCUGUUCCGGCGGUCGCUCUUCAUCGUGGGCGAGUUCGGCGGCAACGACUACAACUCGCCGCUGUUCGCGUUCCGGCCGCUGUCGGAGGCGCACGACUUCGUCCCGCACGUCGUGGACUCCAUCGCCGAGGGCGUCGAGAAGCUCAUCGCGGAGGGCGCCGUGGAGCUGGUGGUGCCCGGGGUGCUCCCCAUCGGGUGCUUCCCCGUCUACCUGUCCAUCUUCCGGAAGCAGCCGGAGGGGUACGGCGCCCGGAGCGGGUGCAUCAAGGAGAUGAACACGCUGUCGUGGGCGCACAACGCCGCGCUGCAGCGCAAGAUCGCCGAGCUCCGGGGCAAGCACCCCGACGUGCGCAUCAUCUACGCCGACUACUACACGCCGGCCAUCCAGUUCGUCCUCCACGCCGAGAAAUACGGGUUCCUGAAGCAGAAGCCGCGGGCGUGCUGCGGGGCGGCGGGCGUGGGCGAGUACAACUUCAACCUGACGUCCAAGUGCGGCGAGCCGGGGGCGUACGCCUGCGACGACCCCUCCAACCACUGGAGCUGGGACGGCAUCCACCUCACCGAGGCAUCCUACGGCCACAUCGCCAGGGGGUGGCUCUACGGGCCCUUCGCCGACCCGCCCAUCCUCCACAACAAGCACCUCGGCUAGGCUAACCGACAUCCAUCCGUCGUCCAGCGCCGGCUAGCCGCCCGGCGAGUACAGAGUUACAUUGUCUGCACACUCCGGGACGGGACACACACAUCUGCCUGCUUGGUGUGCGAUUUUUAUUUUUUCUGUUGAUAUUGCUGUCGCUUUGCGUAGCCUGUGUACUGCUGCUUGUGUUAGUCAAGAAAAUUGAGCAGGAAUGAAGGGGAUCGGGUGCAAUUUUGUUGCUUGCUUU